CAACGGUUCUCUUCAAUCCGGACGAGAUUUAACGAUAAAAAUUUAACUAAAUGUUGACCAUUUAACCCCCAAAGCCAUGAAUGACGACCCAAGUCUCAACGUGUACUUGGGGAACCUUUCCCGCUUCUUUCACGACUUGGAUCUCGCUGAAGUAGAAGAACUUUUGGAGGCAGAUUUGGAACUUAUUCGCGAAAAAGACGAAAAUGGAAGUAAUAGUGAAGACAGUGAGAGCGACGAAGACGAUGAAAACCCCUCAAAACACGUGCCGCAAAUUUACUUCAAACUCGCCGCUGCCUUACAAAACGACGAUUGCGGCAAUUUGCUGCAGGAAAUCUACAAUCAAGCUGUUUGUGCGCGCAAAGAUGCUGGUUUCAAGGAGCACGACAGUUGGGAGCAUCUCGUCAAUGUGAUCAACAAAGACAAAUAUCUCGGAUUUAUUUACUCGCUGGUGCAUUUAUGGCAACUUGAUGCCAGUUCGCGAGUCAAUCGGAAGCUGAGCUUCAAUGCGGCACGCGCUUAUUUGUAUUUAUUGACAGUUCCCGGAGCCAAAAGUUGCGAAAUUUUCGACGAGGAUUUGAUUCAGCGAUGUUUUGCGGUGUUUAAUAUCCUCGGACACAUGCAAAAAGAGCUAAUUUUGAUGGAUCACGAGAAGACACAAAUUUUAAUUAUUCUGGUUUCGCUUCUGCAGGACCUCGGAGACAUUUUUAAAAUUGUUUCGUUGCAAGGUUACGUCGAUUUGAAGAAAGAUUUGAUCAAACACCUGAAAAAUAUCAUCAUGAUGAAUCAUGUUAAUGGCUAUGAAAGCAUUUAUUUUUAUAAUUUGACGCAGAAAUCGUAUGAAAUCCUCGAAAUCCUUUGUUUGCCGCUCCAUGGACCAGUUUCGGACUCAAUUUUUCAAAUUUUUUGCAUUUGCUCGUCCCUUCAUGCGCAUAAAUUCCAAAAUCCGCCUUCCCGGAAGCGACAUUUUGCAAUUCCUGUUAGUGAAGCACCCCAAACUAUCCUGCAAUUCUUUCUUUAUCUCCAAAAUAAGUUCAGUGCCGACACGAAUCCCGUCCUUGAGAGGUUUAUCAAGUCAAUUUUGACCAAUCCUGACAAAAAUUUAAAAAAUGAAGAAUAUAACCAUUUAUUGGACGUUGGCGUGAAAUACGAAACCCAAAUGUACAAAAAAUGCAAUGUCUCGCUUGUGCCUUGGCUCGAAACGCUUUCAAAUUCGAAGGAAGUCAUCCAUCGCGUGAAUGCUGCCGAGUUUUUGGGCAAAUUAUUGCUCGUAGAUGCCACCGUUGAAUGGACUCUCUUCGAAAAUGAGGUUUCUCAAACGCCUCGUGAAGUAGAUAUCCUGAAAAUUCUUUUCACAAAAAUAAUUGACGUGAAUAACAGCGUGAAACAAAAAGCUUUAUCGGCUCUCGUCAAGGCUUUUAACAAUGGCAACAAAAGUGUCGCCGAAAUUUUGGUCAACGCGUUUAGUAAAGACGGCGAAAAUAAGUACGAAGCAAUCCAGGACGAAAUUAAGGGACUUUUUGAGAAGUUACAGCAUCUUUUGAACAAUGAUUUGGCUCACAUUCGACGCGCGGUGAUUUUAUUGCUCGAAAUUUUAGCGACCCGGAAUAGUGAAAUGAUCGAUUGCGAGGAAUUUCGUGAAGUUGUGAUGCAAUUACCGGAUGACUCGACGAUUUUAGUGAGAAGGCAGUCGUUGAUGAUACUAAAUACGUUGCUGAAAAAGUAUCCGAACCAUCAGGGGUUGAUCGAAUUGUGGACGCAAGCGUUUUUGAUCCUCAUGAAGGACUCGGAUACGAAAAUUAUUGAGUUAUCGAUGAACAGUUUGAAGGAAAAUGUCUUCGAUCAAAUCCAAAGCUAUGAAAAUACGUCAGGAAAUGCGAAUAAAAUGCCAUGGGAGAUAAUUCGAUCGAUUUUGAAGCAUGGAAAUCGGAAUAUUUUGAAGAAUGCUGUUGAUGAAUGGAUCAAAAGUCGUGCCUUGAACCAAAAUUCCCUUUCAAUGAUCGAAUCUCACAUUUUCACCCCGAACGCGACGGAAGCAUGGCUCCUUCUCUCUCUGGUCGCGAAAAAAAUGAAAAGCAAAAACCCCGAUGCCGUCAUCCAAGCCUUCAUUGACUUUGUUCAACAGGACAUGUACAACUCACCGGUCAUCCUGCACCUGAAUCUCGAAGUCAUCAGUUACUGGAUCCCGGAUUUCAGUCGUCAUGCCCUCGAAAAAAUCUGCAGUUUCCUGUUUGACAUCCUUAAAACCGGCAGUUCGAAUCCAACUUUAAUUUCCUUUAUUUACGACGUUUGUUACUCCAUCAAGAAAUUCGCGAAAUCCGAUCUUUCAUGGGUCGAAGACAUCAAAGAAACCGCUACACAGUACCUGCUUUGCAACCAAAAUAAGUUUUUGGACUUUCAAUUUCCGGUCGACGAGCGAUAUUUGAAUUACAUGUUGAUUUAUUCGGACUCGAGUGUGCAGCUACCACGACCUCCAGACGAAAAAAUCUUGAAUUUGUUCGUGAAAUUUGUAAAUGACACCGCCGAAUCGGGAAUUAUUGAUGUAAAUUACGAUCACAGCAUGAAAUUGAAGGUAACGAUAACAGUUUUGACGAGAUUAGCAGUGAGAGACGUCGAAAUUGUGGCAGUUAUGCUCGAUGCAUUCACGAAAAUCCUGAAAGGAAGCAGAAAUAUGGCAGUUGUGAAUAAUUUGAUUGUAUGUUUUACGGAUUUAUGUAAGAAACAUACCAGCUGUGUUGAAACCGCGAUGCAAGAAGUAACGAACAAGCUAAAAUCCGAAAAUCAUGAAAUCCGUGCGAUUGCCCUUCGAUCCCUGCGUGAACUAGUGAUGCAAGACUACAUCAAGAUGCGUGGGAGAGUACUUUUGAACAUCUUAACUGCCAUUGUGGACCCUUACGAAGAAAUUUCCAAUGAAGCUUGCAUGGUAAUUUUGACCUAUGUCGAUGAAAAGAACAAACAUUUGCUUCAUACGUGUUUCAUGGAGUCCGUUUUCGUGUACAAUGGUUACCUUCAAUACGACGGUUUUGAUCUUUUUCCUGUCUCGGAGUUCGAUAAUGAGCCCUCAACACUGCAAGGACGUCAAAAAAUCAAAGAAAGAUUUUCUUUAUAUCAAUUUUUCAUCGAUAACAUUCCAGUCACUUACCUUCUUAUGCUGCUAAAAAAUUUGCAACUCGUCUAUGAGCAGCUAAAAAAACGAAAAUUCGUGAAAUGUCCCGAAGGAGUCGACACGUUGCAGGAUUUGCUGCACAUUUUUCGCCAAAUUUGCGAACAUAAAGCGAAAUUAGAGACGAAAAGUGUGAAUAAAGACAACCCGGAUGAUGAGGAAGGAGCGAAUGUGAAUCAAGGAAUUAACGCUGUGGCAGAGACGAAGCCAGCGAAAGGGGUGCCGACGAUGAAUCAAGCGUUGGCAGUCGUGGAAAAAACAAUCCAAGUUAUCCCAAAAUUCGAUCCGCUGGUUCGGGAAUAUGAUUCGUCGCUUGGAAUAUUUCUCGAUAGAUUCGAAGAAACAUUGGCGACGAAUUUUAAACAAUUUGUCGAGUUUAAUGCCUUUUGGAAACGCUUCCAGAAACAAAGUGCUCCGAAGAAACGACCAAGUAAGGGACGAAAACGAUCGAAUUCGGUGUCAUCUCAAAUGUCGGAUUGUGAAAGCAUCAUGACUGACGAUAAUGACGACAAUGUCUCGAUUAUGACGGAGGAUAAUUAACAUUUUUCGAAUGUUUUUGUGUUUAAAAAAAAUUACAUUUGUUGUAAAAUGUAGAAUUUACAUUGAAUGUACUUAA